AUGCGCAGCGUGAUGGGAGCCACCGGCAGCGGCAAAACCAGCUUCAUCAAUAUUGCUAGCGGGUCUUCGCUACGUGUGGGGACAGGACUUAUGUCGUGCACGGACGCUGUGCAGACGUCCAAGCCCUUUAUCCUUGAGGGUCGAACAGUUAUACUCGUAGACACGCCUGGUUUCGAUGAUACAACGAAAACCGACACCGAGGUGCUGACUAUGAUCGCUGCCUCUCUUUCUAGCAUGUAUUUGAAUAGGGUGAAGCUUUCCGGCGCGAUUUACAUGCACCGCAUCUCAGACUUUCGCAUGGGCGGCACGUCCACCCGCAAUUUUAAUAUGUUCAGGGAACUAUGUGGUGACACUGCGCUGCAGAACGUCGCCAUCGUCACGAACAUGUGGAGCGAAGUCUCCCUCGACAUCGGCGAAGCCCGUGAGGAACAGUUGAAGAGUCGGGACAUAUUCUUCAAGCCUGCUCUAGGCAAAGGGGCGCAGAUCUGGCGCCAUGACAACACUUCCACGUCGGCGCAGGCUAUCAUACACUGCAUCGCAUCCAAGGACCCUCUCGCCCUGUGCAUUCAAAGGGAGCUAGUGGACGAGCGAAAGGACAUCGCAGAGACCGCCGCUGGUGCCGAACUGGGUCGUGAGUUGCAUGAACAGGCGAUGAGAUACCAGGCAGAAAGGCGGCGGCUGCAGGACGAGCUGAAUGAAGCGUUAGAGCAGAAAGACGAAGAGGCUCGAGAAGAACUCGAGCAAGCGACCGCUCAGCUGAACAGCGAGAUGAUGCGUGUGCAAAUCGAUUCGGAAUGCAUGAUAUCCUCCUACUCUGAGGAGAAAGAAAGGCUUGAACGGCGGUUGCAAACAUCGAAAGCUGACUGCCAACAAAGCGAAGGCGAAAAUGCAGACCGCAGAAGGAGGAUUACUGAUGGGCUGAGUCGUGAAGAGGUCUCUGGCUCUGACAUGGGGAGAACGCGGUUGAUCGAAAGUUUACAUCGUCUUCAACAACAACAUGCCGAGGCCCUGGCAGCUCAGCGCCGAUCUCAACCUAAACUCUUCGUAGAAUUGAGGUUGAGAAGCCUUGGCUUCCUCUUCGGACUCAAAACUCUUGUAUCUUCCAAUUUUAGAUGA